AUGAUCAACUGCCACCGGCAGAAGGUAGGCAUCACCGGCGAUUGUGUCCAUCGCGGCGUGGGCGGUUUACACGGUGUGAUUGAAGAAGGCAGCGUGUGCGGCGUGCGCAAGGUUCACAGCGUGAGGACGUGUGCAGUGGCGGAGAAAUUGGAGGAUCCAGAUGAAUCUGAAGAGCAUUCAGAAGAUCCUAAAGAUCCUCCAGAGGAGGAUCCAGAAGAAUCUGAAGAGCAUUCAGAAGAUCCUAAAGAUCCUCCAGAGGAGGAUCCAGAAGAAUCUGAAGAGCAUUCAGAAGAUCCUAAAGAUCCUCCAGAGGAGGAUCCAGAAGAAUCUGAAGAGCAUUCAGAAGAGCCUAAAGAUCCAGAGGAAGAUCCAGUUGAAUCUGAAGAGGAUCUGGGAGAGUGUGUGUGGGAUCCAAUUGAGAACCUUGAAGCUGUCCUGCCUAUAUAA